AGGAUGAGCUGAUCGAGGAGGUGAGCGCCAUUAUGGGCCACGAGCCCUUCGAUUUCUUCUACCUCCCAUGGGAUUUCCAGGUCAACGCGAACGUUGGCUACGCUUUCGUGAACUUCCACCGGAGUAAGAGCGCGCACCUGGCCAUGAAGCUCUUCGCGAAGUACCAGUUCAAAGUGCACCCGUGCGCCAAGCUCGGCGACGCUUCCCCGGCGCACAUCCAAGGCCUGGAGAACAACCUGAGGCACCUGGAGCACCGGGCAGUGGUGCACGAGAACCACCCGUGCAGCCCGGUGGUGAUGUGGAAGGGGCAGAAAAUCGAGCUGAGCGUGAUUUUUCAGGUCAUGCGCAGCUUGGACAGCGCGAGCCGGGUGCAGCAGCCGCGCUCCAUGCUUGUGCCGGGCAGCUCCGCGAACCGGGUUGACCCUCACGGGCAGUACAGCGAUCAAAUCGGCAACACCAACGACGGCUUCGCGCAGCUGUUGGACCUUGCAGUAGGCAUCCACCAGGUCCUCCCCCAGUGGGUCUUGGCCGCCGACCGAGUCGUGGAGCCAUCGGCCCCGCGGGGCUCCCGUUCCCCCCUCUGGCCACCGGGCGGGGGCAGGGGCGCCAUGAACCUCGGAGGCAUGCAGAUGCACUCCCGAGCCCACGGCGGCCGCAUGGGCCAGCGGGACGUGCAGGUCGAGGACAUAUUUGAGCAGAGCCCGAUGGAGCGGGACGACCCCAUGCAUGGCGGCAUCGCCAUGGACCUGCCGCCAGACCAGCGCUUUCAGCAGCCGAUGUCCUGGCCGAUGUCCCAGCAGCGCAACCACAACGCAGGCUUUGCCAACGCGAACCACAUGCAACCGU